GAAGCAUUUGAAAAUGAAGACGAAGAAGACGCAGUCUGCAGUUUGCAGUCUGCAUGCCGUGUCGUAGAUGGUCAAUUUUGAGAUUAUUAGAAAUGAACCGUAAUUAAAAUUACAAAUGCCUUUAACAUUUUCAUCUAGUGAUCGAAUUUUAUCGUGUAAUCUCACCUGUUUAUAAACCUUACUUGCUGUCUCUAGUACGACGUUCACGGGUUCAGACGGACAGACGGCUAAACGAGGCUAGUCUUGCUUCGGAGAAUGAUGGAUCUAUUUGACGACCUACCGGAGCCCACUCAAACCGGUCGUGGCUCAGCUGCCAUUACAGUUUCGCCGCGAUCUGCCAAACACAUUGAUGAGAAGAGCGUCAAAAGGAAACGAGAGGAUGUAGAAUGUGAGGUGCAUCCGAAAGACGAAGAGGAGGAGAUCAAGAAAGUUUGUAGAGAAGGCCUCCCCAUGCUGCGAGGCUACGUGGCUGCGAGGCGCGGUGAGCGUGAGGAAAUGCAGGACGCUCACGUUCUACUUCCCGACAUGAGCGGCUGUCUAUCAACGCUGCCCGCUCAAAUAUCUGGGGCAUCGUAUUUUGCCGUGUUCGACGGUCAUGGCGGCACUCGGGCAUCACGCUUUGCGGCCGAGCAUCUUCACCACAUUCUGGCAACGAAGUUUCCCCGAGGUGAAAGUGAGAACCUGGACAAGCUGAUUAAAAAAUGCCUGGUGGACACUUUCCGCCAGACAGACGAGGACUUUCUGAAGAAAGCCACCAGCCAGAAGCCGGCGUGGAAAGAUGGUUCCACAGCAACCUGCAUGCUGGUGCUGGAUGACGUGGUCUACGUGGCCAACCUGGGAGACAGCAAGGCCGUGUUGUGUCGCAUGGAGGAGGAAGGAGAAGCCCUGGAGAAGCAGCCGACCACACUGGCGCUCAGUCGAGAACACAACCCAACUAUCUACGAGGAGAGGAUGAGGAUCCAGAGAGCAGGAGGAACUGUCAGGGAGGGGCGGGUGCUGGGCGUCCUGGAGGUGUCGCGCUCCAUCGGAGAUGGCCAGUACAAGCGAUGCGGCGUCAUUUCCACCCCAGACCUCAGAAGGUGUCAGCUGACAGCCAAUGACAGGUUCAUCAUCCUGGCUUGUGAUGGCUUGUUCAAAGUUUUUUCUGCAGAUGAAGCCGUCAGAUUCGUCUGGGACAUCCUUCAGGACAGUAAGUUGACGGACAAGGAGGAGCAGUUUGAAGCGGCCUGCCAACAGUUGGCCAGCGAGGCGGUGCGACGGGGCUGCGCUGACAACGUCACUGUCAUCCUAGUUUCUAUUGACUUCUGAACACACACACACACACACACACACACACACACACACACACACACAUAUGUAUAUGUAUGUAUAUGUGUGUGUGUGUGAAAACACACACUUGUGCAAUGACAUUGUUUUCCAAUAAAAUACCUGACUUCCUCUGUCAAAA